ACAAAGCAGGAGAUCGGAUUGUCAUCGGCAUCGUUCAGUGUGACCGUAACAUCGGCGAACACUAUUUACCAACUGCCUAUCGACCCUCCACCGCAAGCUAUCGAUUACAUCGAUAGUCUUAGCGCUUAAACGCGGUCAUACUUUUUAGGCUGGCCAAACUUCUCUUUACAUAUUGCAUUUAAAUUUCUUUUCAAAUGUCUCUGGAGUUAAAUAAUUUGAAGCGCGAUUUGGCAGUCCAAUUCCCUGGCUUGUACAUUGAGCGCAGAAAAAACAGCGCUCAUUGCAUAGACGGGGUUAUUUAUAUAAAUGAUAAGUGGAUACGCCUAAAACUUUAUUUACCGCAUUUUCCAGAACUGCGCGACUUUGAAUUACAUGUGCAGCAGCACUUGGAAUACAAAAGCUACAACAGCGCAAACUUCCAGAUCCAGACCAAUUGGCAAGUAACGGAUCUACUGUCAAAUCUGGGACAGCUUGUACCCGAAACAGUUGUCUUGGACGCCUGCCCGACUGCCCAACAAAAAUCUAAUGUCUACACCGAGAUUCUGGAGCUUCACAAACCACAGCAGUAUCGCCUUCAACUGAAUGAGAGUUGCUCGCGCAUUCGCUUCUGUAGCUUUGCCGAGCAUGAAGCGCAUUAUCUAGAAUUGGAGCUGCCCACUUUGCGACUAAUAGAACACAGCCUGCCACACUGCAUUCAACUGGCAGAUAUAUUGGCUAGCAGCUCGCGUACACUUACGGACAUAUUGCAUCUCUAUCUGAAGCUGCUGGAGGAUCUGCGUCCCUUUUACGAAAGCUUUGCCAGCAUUGAUGAGUUGUGCGAUGUUCUACAGCCUUAUCCUAUUACCACUAAACAUAACACACGUGUGUUUCCACUGAAAGAGCGUGUGUAUCUCAAACUGACCAUAGCCGAUCCCUUUGCUAGCUAUGCCUCCAUGGCUGUGCAGAUUAUAGGACCCACCGAAGAGGUGGCCCAAUUACGGCAUGUGCUUAGCGAUGGACUCGGAAGCUGGGACAUUGAGCUGGACAUGCAUAAGAACCUUUUGAACAUAUUCGAUUUAUGCUACUUUCCCAUGCCAGCUGAUUUUGAACAGCCAAAGAAGGAUGAGGACGAACAGCAGCGUUGUAAUAUUUGUUUUGUCUAUCGUUUGGACAGCGGUGAGGUGCCAAUUGUGUCGUGUGAUAAUCCUCGCUGUGUGCUAAAGUGCCAUGCUGCCUGCCUGAAGGAAUGGUUUGACACGCUGAUCGAUGGCAAAACCUUUCUGGAGGUGUCCUUUGGCCUAUGUCCGUUCUGCAAGGCAAAGCUGUCCACCUCUUUUGCAGCGCUUUUGAAGAACUAAACCAAAUUUCCAAAAUAUUUUAACUCACGCUCUAUGAAUGUAUUCCGAUUUGAUUGUAUUUAUGUAUUUACUUAAAAUACAACAUUUAUUAAUUUAAAAUGAAGAAAGAGUAAAUCACGCCGAUAUCUUAAA